CACCAACGAACCGACGACGACGAGCUGCUUCCGAUCUGUCAUCUCUUUUCUCUUUCUCCCUCCCCGUCAACCCAACGCCUGCAUCGCAUCACAUCAUAUCCUUUGCCGCCGGAUACCCUCUCUCACAAUGUCUACCGCCGAGCUCGCUGUUUCCUACGCCGCCUUGAUCCUGGCCGAUGAUGGCGUUGAUGUCACGUCUGACAAGCUCCAAUCAAUCCUGAAGGCCGCCAAUGUCCAAGAUAUUGAACCAAUCUGGUCUUCUCUGUUCGCCAAGGCUCUUGAGGGGAAGGAUGUAAAGGACCUCCUGCUCAACGUCGGAUCAGGCGGUGGUGCCGCUGCCGCCACUGGCGGAGCUGCCCCUGUCGCUGCUGAGGCCGGUACUGCUGAGGAGAAGAAGGAGGAGAAGGAAGAAGAGAAGGAAGAGUCCGACGAGGACAUGGGCUUCGGUCUUUUCGACUAAACGAAUUUUCUUCUUUUCUUUUUUUCCUUUACGUUUUGGUUCCGUCCCUCCUCAUCCACCUACCUCCUAUUGGCGUGUACUCAUAUUUGCGAGAGGAAAAUUACAAAAGAGAAAUGGGGUGCACAGCUACGGCGCUUUUACGGACAGACCACCCCCCCAAUUGGCGAAGUUCAUAUAUAACCAUGGAAUUUCAUGUUGGGGACUGGACCAGAGAAUCGGGUAGCAAUUGGUUGAAUUUUCUUUUUUUUUUUUUUUUUUUUUUAGUAUAUCAAUAUGAUGUGCUUCCAAGGAUGCUUCUAAUGUCAUAUGGUUUAUGGUCAUGAUUGUCGUAUUCCGUCAAUAAGAAAAAUCAAAUAAGAAAUGUGAGAUGUGACAUGCAUCUUUCGAUAUCGUGGUUCCCGCCGAAGUUUUUUGGUUCCUGUCCCGGUUUUGCUUUUAAUAAGAGACUAGGCAAAGAAAAAAGAAAGAAAUGGGAGAAAAAAAAGGAGAAUGCCACCCAAGUAAUUAAAAGAGAUACAGUGGAAGGAUUCUGAAGGAAAGUGUGUUUUUUUUUUAGAAAGAAAUGAGAGCGAGAGGAUGGGGAUGGGGAGCUUAUAUCACAGCCGAAGAGGAUGAAUCUGCACGCUGGACUGCGUAUAUCCGGAACUGUGCAAAGAUCACGGCAUCUUCAACCAUCGUCCCAAGGGAGCCAAUGAGCCACGGGAGAUUCUUAAGAAAGUAACCCUUUUCGGUGGAAUGAAACAAUAUCUAGGCAUUUUGUUAGUAGAUGGUUCCUCAGCGGUGUAGGUAAAUAUUCUACAGCCAAUAGAAUUGGGAACUUACCCCUGCGCCAUAUGACAAAUUGCCCAUAAGAGAAAAUAUGAAAAACAGUAAAGAAAGCCCUAUGAAAAACCGGUCAGCCCGUCCACUCCACAUAAAUAUAAACGACAGCAGACUUCCUUGACAAACAUACCUUCACAUGAUUUCUCACGGUAGUUUUUGAGGAUCUGUGGUAUUCGCGCCCUGUUCGGUUCAUCCCAAACUCCAUUAGCUAUUGAAACCGAGUUGAGAGUUAACAUUCAGGGGCUAUAAACUUACCCUAGAUAACAAACUGCACUCAGAUACCCAAAUACCUGCGCCCCAACCGCCAUAUUCCCCGGUUGCUCCCUAGUCGUCGGUUGCCAAACACCAGACUGCCAAGCAAUCGCCCAUCCAGCGGCACCUGCAGCACAGAUCCCAAAGACACUCAAACUGUUCUUCACCCACGCGUUUCUGGGCUCCGUUUCC